GGGAUGCCAUUUGUCGUGAUAUUUUUGAUCUACAAGUACAGAAGAAGGCACUUAGCAAUGGAUAAGAAUGUCGAAGAAUUCUUGCAAGCUCAUAGCCACUUUUUUCCCAUAAGAAAUUUUAAGCACAAACUAGGUGAAGGAGGGUAUGGUUCCGUGUACAAAGGAACACUCAAAAAUGGAAAUGAAGUAGCCAUAAAGAUUUUGAAGCAAUCCAAGGCCCAUGGCCAAGAUUUUAUUAGUGAAGUGGCUACUAUUGGAAGAAUUCACCAUAUUAAUGUAGUGCAACUCAUCAGUUUUUGCUUUGAAGGCUCGAAACAAGCUCUCAUGUAUGAUCUCAUGACAAAUGGGUCUCUAGAUAAGCACAUUUUUGCUAAGGAAAGUGAUAAGUUUCUUGAUUACAUGAAAAUAUAUGAGAUCGCUCUUGGGAUCGCAAGGGGGAUUGAAUAUUUACAUCGGGGGUGUGACAUGCAAAUACUACACUUCGAUAUCAAGCCUCAUAAUAUUCUUUUAGAUAAGAAUUUUAUUCCGAAAGUUUCUGACUUUGGAAUUGCGAAACUUUAUCCCACGGAUCAUAGCAUAGUUUCAUUAACUGCUGCAAGAGGAACCUUGGGAUAUUUGGCACCUGAGUUGUUUUACAAAAGCAUUGGUGGCGUAUCUUAUAAAGCGGAUGUCUACAGCUUCGGAAUGUUGCUCAUGGAAAUGGCAAGUAGAAGGAGUAAUAUAAAUGCAAAUGUAGAACGCUCAAGCCAAAUUUAUUUUCCGUUGUGGGUGUAUGACCAAUUCGGUGAAGGUACAAGUCUUGAAAUGGAAGAAGUUGUGGAAGAGGAAAGGAAGGUGAUAAAAAAAAUGAUAAUAGUUGCACUUUGGUGCAUACAAUUAAACCCUGACCAUCGCCCUCCAAUGAACAAAGUCCUAGAAAUGCUGGAAGGAGAUAUUGGUAAACUUCAUAUGCCUCCAAAACCGCUUAUCUACCCACUAGAUGUGUCAGUUAACAAUGACAAAUUCGAGAUGGAACUAGAAAUACUCUCUACUUCACCGUGUGCUUCGGUAAUUUCAACUAGUUCUCCUUUUAGAGAUAACAAUGUUGUUUAGAGAAGCCUGUGCUGUUUCAUUGGAAAAG